AUGUUCCUCGACCUCGACUGGCCAAGCCUCAUCUCCUCCGUCCAAACCCCCUUCUCAGAGCUGCAAACAACUCGCUGCUUCCUCAUCUCCCCGGACCUCGAACGCAACCUGCGCGAACUUCACACCUCCUUCACGCUCCUCCAAGGUUUCUGUCAGCUCCUAGCCUGCAUCGUCGACGACCACACCCUCCAAAUCCAGUACCCCAAGAUCCUCACUACCGUCCCGGGCGCCGCCGACGGCUCGCUCCUCAAGACGCUCUGCUACAUCCUCACCACCUUUGCCUGGGUGUACACCGACAACCGGAUCUCGUCGGUUCGCGGGGUGGAGCAGUUUGAUAAACACUAUAUCUCGCACGCGAAGAAGGUGGAAAGCGUGACGAAGUUUGUGAAUUGCGUUGCGGGGUAUGCGAGGACCGUUGCGGUGGGGGACACGGAUGAGACGAUGGAGGCGGAACUGAAGCUGUCGUGUGCGGUGCUACUGUGUAGUUUGCAAUGUGAGGAUGAGGAGAAAAAUAAGCGCAAAGAUGGCGUCUCGGGGAAGGUUAGGAAGGAAGCGUGGUUGAAGCUAUUUACGAUCUCUGAGGAUAUGAAGGACUGA